UCAUCUUUCCGUUCCGUCGCGUCCUGAUGCUGCAGGCAGCGUGCGACAGGGCAGCCUGGGCUCCCGAGCUGGCAGCGGCAGCCUGGCGGACAGAGAUGGCUGCGUUCACGGAGCGAAGACGCGGAGGCGGCGGGAGAUUUGCAGGGUGUUCGCGGACGGUGUGUCCUUGGUGGCGGCUCGCGGUGCUCCUGUUCUCCGUGUCCUCCUUGCCGGCGGUCACGGCGCUGGUGGAGGGCCUGUACUGCGGCACGGAGGUCUGUUACGAUGUACUCGGCGUCACCCGGGAGGCCUCUAAGGCGGAGAUCGCCCGGGCUUACCGGCAGCUGGCUCGCCGGUACCACCCGGACCGGUUCAGGCCGGGAGAGCCCGGCUUGGAAGGUGAGACCCAGGAGUCCGCACAGAAGAAAUUCCUGCUCAUCGUGACCGCGUACGAGACGUUAAAGGAUGAGGACACUCGGCGGGACUACGACUACAUGCUGGACCACCCUGAGGAGUACUACCAGCACUACUACGCCUACUACCGCCGACAGCUCACCCCCAAAGUGGAUGUCAGGGUCGUUAUCCUGGUCACCAUCUGUGCCAUCUCCAUCUUCCAGUACUACAGCUGGCACAGCAGCUACAACGAGGCCAUCAACUACCUGGUGACGGUCCCCAAGUACCGAAUCCAGGCCACGGAGAUCGCCAAGCAGCAGGGCCUCCUCAACCGCACCAAGGAGAAGGGCAAAAACCGCCGCUCCAAAGAGGAGAUCCGGGAGCAGGAGGAGGAGGUGAUCCGUGACAUUAUCAAAACCAAGAUCGACAUUAAAGGAGGCUACCAGAAGCCCAACCUGUCGGACAUCCUGCUGUGUCAGAUUGUGCUUUUCCCCUACUAUCUAACCAACUACGUGGCCUGGUACGUCUCCUGGGUGUACCGCUUCACCAUCUGCAGGGAGGAAUACGGAAACGAGGAGAAACUCUACAUCAUCAGGAGGUACAUGAAGAUGUCUCAGUCUCAGUUUGACAGUCUGGAUGAAAACACCAGACAGUCCUUCCUGGAGAAACAGCUCUGGAUCAAAGAAAACUAUGAGGUGUACAGAAAGGAGCAGGAAGAGGAGAUGAAAGUUAAGAUGGCGACCGACCCAAGGAUGAAGAGAUACCGCCGCUGGAUGAAGAACGAAGGUCCAGGCCGGCUGACAUUCAUCGACGACUGACGGCUGUAUGCUCCGUCUGUAACAUACACACCUGCCUCAGUGCCAACAUACACAGAAAACACACGCCAUGCUGUGUGGAGAAAUACCUGUACAGAAAGAUUAACUAUGCCUGUUUAUAUAGUGAGAGAUAUUUUCAUAGCGAUCAGGCCUCAGAAAGGGGACAAAGUGGAUUAAACUGUGAGCUGAGAAUUUUGAGUAAUUUUUUUACAUGAUGCAGUGUUUUUUUGUUUUUUUUUGUUGUUGUUGUUUUUUUCCAAACCAUGUUCAUUUCACCUUUAAUGAAGUUUAAUGAUUCUUUUAAAUUUUUAUUCUGUAAUUUUCUCCAGCUGCUUUUGUUUUCUCCUGCUGGUAAAAACAGAUGAAUGAGUUUUGGUGCCUGAGUUAUUGGCAAACGAUUUCUGUUGACAUCAUCCAAUUGCAAGGUGAUUAACAUAACGCUAAGUAACCAGUAGGCUACCAGGUUGCCACAGCCAACAGUACAGUCAAAGCGCCCUUGCGUCACCUGCUCACUCUCUAUGCUGCUUUAGAGUGUCAGCUAAAUGUCUGAAGUGCUAAAUGAGUGCAGAGUAUUUUGCAUGCAUUGCUUUUUUGAUGAACAAACCAAGGCCAGAGUGUAUUUUUUGAGAACAGCUGACAGUUGAUUAAAUCCUCCAUGUUCGCUGUCUGUCUCGCAGCCAGAUGAGAGGAUGGAUAUUAAAUUGAACUCUGCAUCUUGGACAUAUUUAGCCUAGUUUAUCACAAAGACUGGAAGCAGGGGGGGGGGGACCUAACCGUGUACCUCUGAUGGAUAGCCUAGCUCGACCAGAAGUAAGAAUAUCCACCUUCCAACUCUAGAGCUGUCACGUUCACAUGUUUCACUAUUGCUUAUUGAACAGGUAUAGAAAGAGAAAUGUCACAAUUAGCGAUUUGGUGGCUGGCUUGUUAGCGAACAAGAUACAAGAAAUGCGUGAGAGGUGAUGAGGAGAUUAAACUGAUGUCCAGCUUCUCAUCUGACUCUGAGGAAGAUGACAGUAAAAAAUAACAUCAGUGGUACAAACAUGAAGAGAGCACUGAUAACACAUGAAGCUAAUGAACUGGGUUAAACAGGUGAAUUUUCUCUAUAGAUUUUCUGUCUCUUCUGAUCUGAUCUGUGAAGCUUUUCUAUCAGGAAAAAAAAAGCAGAAGCAAAAACAGAUGAGCACAUUUCAGAUGUUUGCAUUAAUCCGUUUUUUUUUUUGUGUGUGUGUGUGUGUGUGUGUGUGUGUGUGUAAAUGGAAGCCAAAGUCACAACUGCAAGUAUCUGUAAAUUGUGCUACAGCAGAUGUUUAUCGCCCAGGGACUCUGUAAUUGUGGUUUCUGCUCUGUUUCUUCAGAAGUUCAGGUGACCGCUUACUGUUUACUGCAUUUUGCAACAUGGUUUUACUUAAUAUUAUUUAUUGUUUCACAUUUCCUUUGUCUUUUUGUUGUCAUUUUUGUGCUGAGGUGGCAUUAAAGUCCUACUGUAACUACA